CGCAGCAAAAUGGCUGCUUCCUCCUCUUUGCAGGAGAAAAUUUGGUAUUUUGAAGUUACUGACCCAACUAAUCACCCGAAAGGUUUCACAGUUUAUAAAGUAACAGCCAAGGUUUUUCCAGUCAAUGCACCUGAAAGUCUUACAGAGAUUGUGGUAUGGAAAAGGUACAAUGACUUUAAACAUCUUUACAAGGCAAUGUUCAAUCUACAUAAAUCACUUCACAGGAGAGAAGAAUUUCCUACAUUUGCAAAACCUAAGCUUUUUGGACGUUUUGAUGAACAGGUGAUUGAAGAGAGAUGUUCAAGUGCUCUGGAAUUACUGAAUUUCAUUGGUAGACAGACCUAUUUAUAUAGAUCUCAGAUAUUCAUCAAGUUCUUAGAGGGUGGCAGGGUAGUUGAGGGUACAUCAGGUAAAGUGUUGAAGCCAUCUAGGCUGGACAUACUGGGUGCGGGUCCAGACCCUGUGAUAAAGCCAGAACCUGUCAAGUCUGAUGUCAUUGUAAAAGCCAAAGACCCUGCCGAAACCAGUUCCAGUGUGCCGGUUCCGUCAUCAGAUAAUAAUGAUAAUAACCAGAAAAAUGGUAAGACAGAACCUGUACUUGAAGGUGUGUGGAAUUUCCCUCAAGUACCAGACAAUAUCAGCCUUAACUCUUACGAUGAAGAUACUGAUGUUGAUUCCACGCUAGGAACACCCCUCCCUGAAUCAGAUUUAGCAUUCUUUGACCCACUGACAGAGAAAGAUAAAAGUGGACAGGGGACAUUACGGACUAGUAAAAGUUGGAUUAUGGAGGCAGUGAAUACCUGUAAUGAGUUAGAAACAGAUGGUCCUACACUACCUGUGUCUAAAGAAAUAGAGGAUGUUGGUGAUGAUACAGGAUUACAGAUGGCUGGAGGUGAUGGCAACCUUACAGAUUCUGUCUCGGACACAAUGGCACAGUCCAGUUCUGUAACCAAUUCCACAAACAAUUUAGAUAUCAGUGAGUUUGACCCCUUGACCCAGAGUACUGAUAGUGGCAGUUCAAAGGUCAUGGUGGGAAAAGGUGACCUUGACAUUUCUCAGUUCACCUCUGGCAUUAAUUCGGGUAGUUCAACAAGUCUGGAUUCUUCGUCAAGUAAUUUGUCGUCACCAAGAUUUAAGAAUCGUUCAACUAUAAAAAGUCUGUCACCAUUGCGGCAGAGAUCCGUUACGAAGGAGAGUGUAUCAACGAUGGAUCUGGGUAGUAAAGAGGAUUAUAUAUAUCUAGCAGCUAGUCAGAUCUGUAAGGCGAAGGAGUACGAGGCUAACUGCGACUACGAGCAAGCUUUCGCCACCUACAAGAGUUGCGUUGGUAUACUUCUACAAGGUGUUCAAGGUGAUACAAACAAGGGACGUAGAGAUGCUGUACGGAGAAAGACGGCACAAUAUCUGAUGAAAGCUGAGGACCUUUACAACAGACACCUGGCGAAAGAGGCCUCCGAUGAACAAAGAUGGGCAAUGGAUAGUACUUUAAGUCCAUCUACAGAAGUUGACCCCGCAUUGACCUUUUUGAGGAGUCCGGCAAGUGAUUUGAAGAAGUUCAAGGUGUUAGGUACUAUAGAUAAAGUUAUAUUAGUGUUGGACAGGGACACAGAGGAGACUUACAUUAUAAAGAGAGUUUACAAGUCGACAACAGGGAACAGAAAACUGAGAAAUAUCCUACCAUCAUCCUGUCCUUAUAUGGUUCAGUUACACAAAUUUUACGAGACAUCCAGUACAAUAUACCUUCUGCUGCAGUAUGCGAGUGGCGGGAAACUCUGGAACUAUGUCGGGGCCUACCUGAGAUAUGCUCAGGAGCAGGCGCGUGAAGGAGGCCCUGGUGGGGAGGAUGGGUAUCCUAACCAGGACUUUCAAAAUGUUUAUACAGGGUUUAAGAUUCAUACGGAUGAUAAUCAAAGAAAAUCAUUUAUAAAGGACCAGGAAGCAGAAAGUUCAAAGGAAUCGGGGAAAGGCGACGGUAAAAAGCAAAGUGAAUUAGGUGAUAAAGUUACUUUCACUAAAGGAACAAAUGAUAUUUUCCUAGGUAAACCUGAAAAAACUAAUGUGCAGGAAUUAAGUGUAGGUGAUUUUCAGUUGGAUACACAAGAGCACAAAGACGAUAUUAUUGAUGUGAAGGUAGCAAUUGGAAAAGAUGAGGAUGAAAACCAUGACGAAGGGAAUGAUAACAAAGUCUCAGAGAGAAGAACAGAUUAUAAUAGAUUUACAAGUUUUUCAUCCGAGGAGAAUGCUGAUGAUGAAGGGGAGGGGCCAAAUUUUAGCCACACCCCUUUUGAGAGACAGAAUUCACAGGGUGGACAAUUUCAGGAUUUGUUACAAAAGAAUAGGAGCAAGCCUGCAUUAGAGGACUUCAGUAUAAAUAGUUUUGAUAGUACUGAAGGGUUUAGCCGGGUAGAUAGUAAUGUGUCUGAUCAAAUAGAGGUGAUACAUGAAGUAAAUGAGCUAAACUGUGAUACUGAAGUCUUCAGUUGUGACAAAGGAUUAAAUGAUAUAAACAAUGAGAAUAUGAAUGAAGAGAAUCCUCCGAUCUCUGGCCAAACUGUUGGAACAUGUUCUAGUCAAAAUCAUCAAGAAAAUGAUGACAAAUCAUCAGAUAUAGACAGUGAUCAUUCAGGUGAUGUGUCUAAUGAUAUUAUUAAAAGUUCAAAACAGUUAUUAAGAACAGUGGAAAGAACUUUGUCUCAAAUAGAUAGUGAAGUUUCAGCAAAAGUAGAUAAAGACACAGCAGACCAGAUUAGUUCACCAUUAACAACCACCACUAGCUCAAUAACUAUAGACAGUCCAGCAGAAGAACCUAGUAUAUACGACCUUGGUCACCAUGGUGACACAUCAGAUAGUCAGUCUGAUUCAAGGUCGCGUGAUUUUGACCUUAGUCGACCUACUUCUAGUGAAAUCAAUGUAAACUCAAAUAACAUUGGUGAUUCAAUAAUCAGUGAUAUUCUUAACUCAUCUAAAACUGAAGAAAACAAGUUUGAUAAAGAAAGUUCACAGUCAGGUCAAAGGUCAAGGAAUUGUUCAGACUCAAAGUCAAGAGGAGGGACAGAAAUAGGUAAAGGAGUAGGACAUAAAAUGUCAUUAUCUAGAAUAAAUUCUAUGGAAUUAAGUAGAUCAGCUUCUAGUGACUAUGAAUCUAAGUCUCCUUCCAAAUCACGCCACAGGACAAUAUCGCAUAUGUUCGAGCAACUGGAUUUGUCGGCACAGAGUCCGGACCAGGUCAAGAUACCGGAAUCAUUCAUCAGACGUUGGGCUGCUGAAAUUAUUGUAGCAUUAUCCACAUUACAUUCUUUAGGCAUUAUUUGUAGAGAACUUAAACCUGACAACAUUCUCCUGGGUGACCAAGGUCAUGCGACCUUGACCUACUUUUUCCAGAUCAAUCAGGUCACUGAUAGUAUGGACUUUGAAGCUGUACAGCAAAUGUAUGUUGCACCAGAAGUCAGCACAAUAGGUGGAUACACGGAGAGUUGUGAUUGGUGGAGUCUAGGUGUCCUACUUUAUGAACUUCUGGUUGGCAAGACAUUACUUUGUUGUCAUCCUGGCGGUAUAACGUCGCACUCUCAGCUUAACAUUCCCGAACAUCUGUCGGAGGAGGCCAGAUCCUUGCUACAACAGUUAUUAGUGUAUAAUCCGAGAGAAAGGUUAGGGUCAGGACUUCAUGGUGUAGAGGAAAUUAAAACUCAUCCAUUCUUCAGUUCUAUAGACUGGAAUGCUAUGGAGCUGUGAUACUUAAAUACAUAUAGUAACCUAAAGAUGUGGAAAUUGGAUAAAAGAGGAUAUGGAUUAACCUAAAGGAGUCAAAAUUCUUUGAAAGAGGCCUUGUGAUUACUGACAUUGUGAUUUAUUGGAGGCAUUUUUAAAUGAUAAUUAUGUCAGAUGUAUUAUUAUAUCAGAGAAAUAUUCUGAAUUUGAUUUGCUAGAUCAUUAGCUCAACUGUUAGAAGAAUGGGGAGAGCAAUUGUACUCGCCCAGGAGUCAGUUUUGGUGUCGUCAUCACACUUUGUUUAAGUUUUUUUGUGGAAGUUUGUGUAUCUAAUACUACUGAAGUGAAUGGGUUGAAACUUCACACACUUGUACUGUGAGAUUAUAUUACAUGAUAAUAUUACAUGAUAGGUACAGGUCCCAUAACUCUGAGGUAGCUUUUAAAGAGUUAUACCCACUUUUCUUACUGUCAAGCCCUGAGAAUAGUAGAGUGCACUGUCUUAUGGACAGCUCUUGUUUUUAUCAAGCAAUCCUUGUAUAGACAUUUUUACUGUAGAAUGUACAGAUAUUUCCAAGUAUUUCUAAUGCUCAACACCAUUUUUGAACAUAUUUGUAUGAACAAUGUUUUUUUUGUGUGUUUUUUUUUUAAGACAUCAUUGCUGAACAAAACCCUAUCAAUGCAAAAUUUUAAUCUCAUAUCUGAACAAAGCACUGCAAAAAAUUCAUAAUCUGAAUGAUAUAGGCCAUGCUUGUUGAAUACCUCUUAAAAACAAAAGCCUUUAAAACAACAGUUUCAAAACUGCAAAUGUGUCUCUUUCAUAAAAAGUAUUUAUGUGGUGAUAUUUAUGACGAUGGUCUUAGAUAAAUCAAAACUUUUUGAAAAAACAUUGUAUAUUUUUCUUAAUUUAAAGUAGCCAUCAGCUUUUCUAAAGGUUAGAUACAUAUAUGUUAUUUUUAGAUAAAUCGUUUGCUAUUAUUGUCAAAUCAUAUGAAUUAAGGUGGAAAAUUUACAGACUAUAAAAUACAAGAAGAGAACCCCUUCGAUACCUUUGAUCAACUGGUCCACUUUCUUUAUUUAAAUAGUUAAGCAGACAAUUUGUUUCCUAAUAAUCUAUUUUUAGAAACGAAGGUCAUUUAUGCGUUAUAUAUAGCUCUUAUGACGCUGUUUUGAAGAAGGCUUAAUAGUUAUAAGAUGCACUUUUCCAAGAUAGAAUUACUGAAAUACUUAGUUUGAAACAACACAAAAUUGUUUUUCCAACAGAAAAUAAAAGCUGAAGGCCACUUUAACGAUAAUAAAGUUUCUGAUACUUGUGAUCAUGUAUUGUCCAUGACUUAUAAAUGUAAAAGUAAUCAAUUAUGAUCCAAUCCAGUGGUUUUAAUUACACAUCUGCUGUACUUAUUUGAAAUUGAUAUCCAAACACUUGAAUUAUUCUGUUUAAUAUUAAAAUAAAUGAGAGUUUGAUUAAGUGCAAAUACAAAUCUGAUAUUUACAACAGACUGAUCAUGGAUUUAAAUGAAUUGAAACUAUGAAUUUGUAGAAUAUAGGUGAAAAUAAAGCUUUAUAGUUUUUUUUGUUAUUAUGAUAUAGAUAUGACCUAAUUCAUUAAAUUUUAAUGGGGAAACACUGUUUACAGUUAUUUAAUUUCUUUUAUAUUGUUCAUUGUUUGAAUACUCGAGAUUAAAAUGAUAAAAACUUUUGCUACAUUUUGCUGGUUUUGAAAUGAAAGAAUGAUAAACAAAAAGACAGGUCUGGAAAUAUAAUUAAGCUGUGAAGCUGGAAGGUCACUAUGUGACCUUUAACUGUGUCAGUGUUACUAAAGGUCAAAUUUGGGGCAAAAAAAAUUGACCAGCAAGUUUUUACUGGACAAUACAGGGCAGAGGCACACUUUGUUUCCAUGGGCUAGAAACUUUACACACAUUGUUUAGUACUAGAUCGUUCAAGAAACAGAUUCAAGAGUGUGUUUAUAAGCUAAUAGCUUCUUGCGCAAUCAUACUAAAAUAAAAUUUGUAUAACAAAUCGAGGACAAAAAAAUAGUUUUACAUUAUGUCACAGAACACACAACCAAAAAAAAAUUUUUUAUGAGCUUUUAAAGUUUUUAUGAAGGUUUUCAGUAAAUAUUUCUUUCCUAUGAAUGAUAUUUUUUAUUUUAGUUUCAAGUUUAGUAAUGCAAUAUAAGAGUUUGAUUUUUUUUAUCCAUUAUUUCAAUGUCUUAUGAUAAGUGAUUUUUGUAGUUUUGAAAAUAUUUUGAUUUUUAUUUAAGAGAUUUUUUUACAGGUGAUGCUCAAUUUUUGGCAGGUGUAAUGAGGUUGCUAAUAAAUCAUAUGAACCUUUUAGCUUAAAUUUUUAAAGGUCAAUUUCUUAAGGUCAAUUUCUGAAGGUCAGACAUGUAGGUUGUUGUUUGUAUUGUAAUGAUAAGAUGUGCAGGGUUUGCUCUUACGCAGUUACACAGGUUUUCUGCAUCCCUGACACAUGUUUUGGUACCAGGACUGCCGUUUUACAGCAGUAAUGCAUUCCAAUGAUCCUCAAAACUCACCAAACAUUUUAAUAUUUCCAUUCUUUUAUGGUAAUUUGGUCACAAGCUGUUUAGUUCUCUUAAGAUGGCUGUCCUUUUAAAAGAAGUUGAAUUUAGAAGCCUACAACUGUAAAGUAUGAACGAUUUAGAAUUAAAUUCUGUUGCUGAAAUUAUGUUUCAAUAUAGGCACCCCUUAAAAAUGGUGUUUUUUUUUUGGUUUUUGUUGAUAGUCCAUGCCCUUCAUAGACAACCGUUCACAUGGCAUGCAGUGCUCUUGUAUCAUUGACAGUUUGAAAAAACAAAAAGCAGGGACUGGUAGAUUAUUAUUACAGACGAAGCCAGUACGGGGUGUGUUGGCAAAGGUGUUGUUGUGUCCGGCUGAUGACACAGGAUGUGGGUGUGUGCCUUGGUAGUAUCAUGUUGAUGUAUGGUCAGAUGACAUCAGAACUCGUGGUUACACCCACAAAACUUAACUUGAGAGUGGUUUGGAUAGAAUUUUCUUGCAUAUCAGACUGGCGUUUCCGUUAGUUUUACCCAUGCCGGAAAUUUCAUCUGGCAUGGGGGGUUCCAGAUGAGUCGCGUGCUGUACAAUUGCACGAUAAAGAUGACGUCAUUUUACCGUUAUGAAUGAUUUUGUAAUUCAUACGCUGUUGAAUGAAAGUAGUUACGGUAGUAAUGAUAUAAAUUUUAAUAGAAAAUAAAGAUAAAGAAUUAAAAAUAUAAUGGAAUAUGGUAGAAUAUGCAAGAAAAAAUAUCUGACAUAUGUUUGCGGUUCGGAUAGGAAUAUCCGUCCCUCGGUCACCCGCCCAUGGGCGGAUCACCUCGGGACGGAUAUUCCGAUCCGAACCGCAAAAUAUGACAGAUAUUAUUAUUCAGUUUGGUCAUAAAAGUGAAAAAUUGAUAUUCUGUAGUCAUGAUACAAGGUCAUUCAUAUGUCAAAAAGAUACCAAGACACC